GGCCUGUGGGGCAUGAUGGUGCCUGCAAGAGUGAUGGGGCUGCUCCUCUGCAUGCAGCUCUGCAUGGGCAGCGAGGUGCUGCGGCUGGUGGAUGGCGGUGGGCGCUGUGCCGGUCGGGAGGAGGUGAAGCACAAAGGCGAAUGGGGCUCCGUCUGCAGCUAUGAAUACAAGUGGGAUGCACGUGAGGCUGGUGUGGUGUGCCAGCAGCUGGGCUGUGGCAAGGUGGCCCAUAAGUCCCCAUAUGCCCCAUUCGGGCAGGGCCAGGGACGCAUCUGGUUGCAUCCUACCUUCUGUGAUGGCACUGAGGCCACCCUGCAGGACUGCACUCACUAUGGCUGGGGCAAGCACUUCUGUGGCCACGAGUGGGAUGUGGGAGUGAUCUGCACAGAGGCACUGAAGCUGCAGCUGGUGGACGGCAGGGGACCCUGCGAGGGGAGAGUGGAGGUGAAGCUGCGGAACCUCUGGGGCACGGUAUAUGACAGUGCCUGGAACAUGAAUGAUGCUGAGGUGGUGUGCCAGCAGCUGGGCUGUGGAUCAGCUGCUCACACCACAUUAACCAGGAGAGUUUCACAUGUCAGGAGUCCCGUAAUGUUGGCCGAUAUCAAAUGCAAAGGGAACGAGAAGGCCAUCUGGGACUGCAACAUUAAGGCCUGGGGUCCAUACAAUGUCCCUCAUCACUAUAACGCCACUGUGGUCUGCCAAGGGUUCUCCCGGCUGGCCGGAGGGGACAGUGCCUGCUCGGGGCGGCUGGAGGUGAGGCAGGGCCGGGCCUGGGUCAGCGUCUGCCACAGCCAUGUGGACCUCAUGGCCGCCCAGGUCGUCUGCAGGGAGCUGGGCUGCGGUACAACACUGGCCCUUCCUGAGGCCGGGCAUUUUGGAGUAGCAGCGGGGCCAUUCUGGGAUGGUGCCUUUGAGUGCAAUGGAACUCAGCUCCUGCUAUCUGCUUGCACACGGCGGCCUCCCCACAUGCAGAACUGUACCCAACCAGCUGCCAUCAUCUGCACACCCUACACCGGAUUCCGGCUGGCGGAUGGAGACUCACGCUGUGCUGACCGGGUGGAAGUCGAGGCUCGAGGGGUGUGGAAGCCGCUGUGUGCCACUGCCUGGGACCUGCCCGAUGCCCAUGUCCUCUGCCGUCACCUGGGCUGUGGCUCCGCUGUCUCCCUGUCCGCACCAGGCCAUUUUGGGAUGGGGACAGGGACACUGCUGCAUGAUGCCCUCAGCUGCAGCGGGAGCGAGCGGCACCCAGGCGAGUGCCCCGUGGAGGUGUUAGGGCAGCCCACCUGCCCCCUCGGGCACACCGCUGCCAUCAACUGCUCAGGUGGGUGUGGGGACUGCGGGGAGCCCCAGCAGGUGGGGAGCACUGCCCAUUCUCACGGCACAACAUGGCUGUUGCAGGUGUCACUGAGCCCCUGCGACUCCACGGUGGGGAGAGCUGGUGCGACGGAUGGCUGGAGGUGGCCACGCACCCAGGUGUCUGGGACCGUGUGUCUGUGCGGCUGUGGGACAAUGGCACUGCCACCGUGGUGUGCCGACAGCAGGACUGCGGUGUGCCUGAGAAAAUCUAUGCUGUGCCAGACAGCGGCUCGGGCCCCAUGGAGCUGCAGGAGCUGCAGUGCGAUGGCACCGAGGAGCUCCUGGCACAGUGUAACACCUCAGGGUUGGCCACAGAGCCCAGCCACAGCCAUGAGGAGUUGACCAUUGCCUGCUCAGGUGAGUGCACUGGGAAAGGCCAUGGGCAUCACACUGCCAUCCCCAGAACCAGCCUGACCCUCCCAUGCAGGCAGCCGGCAGCUGAGGCUAGCAGGAGGCCCUGGGCGCUGCACCGGCAGGGUGGAGGUGUACAGCGAGG